CAGCCAGUCAGACCUCUGUAGCAGCGACCAGGAAGAGGAAGAGGAGAUGGUCUUUGGUGAAAAUGAAGACGAUUUGGAAGAGAUGAUGGACCUCAGCGACCUGCCCACCUCCCUGUUUGCUUGCAGUGUCCACGAAGCGGUGUUUGAGGUCCAAGAGCAGAAGGAGAGGUUCGAAGCCCUGUUCACCCUCUAUGAUGACCAGGUCACAUUCCAGUUGUUCAAGAGCUUUCGCAGAGUGAGGAUCAACUUCAGCAAGCCCGAGGCUGCUGCGAGAGCACGGAUCGAGCUCCACGAGAGUGAAUUCCAUGGCCGGAAGCUGAAGCUUUACUUCGCACAGGUGCAGGUGUCCGGGGAGGCUCGGGACAAGUCCUACUUACUGCCACCACAGCCCACCAAGCAGUUCCUCAUCUCCCCUCCCGCCUCACCCCCUGUGGGGUGGAAGCAGAGUGAAGAUGCCACGCCAGUGAUCAACUAUGACCUCCUCUGUGCCGUCUCCAAGCUGGGGCCAGGGGAGAAAUACGAACUGCACGCAGGAACCGAGUCCACCCCCAGUGUGGUGGUGCACGUCUGUGAGAGCGAAACCGAAGAGGAAGAAGACACAAAAAAUCCAAAACAGAAAAUCACGCAGACACGGCGCCCGGAAGCUCCCACGGCAGCACUGAGUGAGCGGCUGGACUGUGCACUGUGAGCGGCUGCUGCGCCUGCGCCUUCCACUGCUACAGCCGCGCCUGCCUUGGAGCGCAGCCCAGCGAUGCUGAUGCAUCCGUCCAGCUGCUGGGCCAUCCUCCCCGGGCCAGAACGUGGAGUGAAGUGGCAGAUCCAGCCAGCCGUUUCAGAUUUCGAACAGUAUUCUAAAUGGCACUUUAAGUGACAAGGUUAGCCCUGACCAUGUGGCACCUGUCUCCUCCCCCAGAAAUAUUAGUUCCCUUGAACCUGUAGAGCAUUGGGUACAAGAGCCAGAGCCAGCGUCACCCAGUGCACUGCCAUUUCUACAGACUUAAACGUUAGUCUUACUUUGGUGUGGGUAUUUUUGUACAGAUGUGGCAGUGUCUAGCAGAUUGAGCAAAGGCUGAAUGUAAUUAUUCAGUAGACAUGACCUUUCUUUUUGCACGAGAAGAAACCUGAGAUACAAAAUCAUUUGUAGAAGUCAUUUUUUUUCUCAAGUAUUUUUUCACUAGCUUUAGGGAUGAAAGGCCAAGUGACUGAGAUUGUCAGGUCCAGAUGGCGUGGGCAGAUGCGCCCUUGGCUCUCCUGGCUGUCCAUCUUACUUGGCAGUCAGUGAAAGUGGCGUGCAGAACCCUGCUCCCAGCGCAGCCCUCCCCAGCCUCAGCUCUGCUGCAGGAACCCUGCCUUUGCUGGCAGCCUGUGUCCCCGGGAAGCCUGGCUGAUGGCUUUAUGGAACUGUAGCCCCAAGGCAGCUCUUAAGUUACUCUCUUGACCCUCCUAGUGCUGGCCUGCUACUGCCUGAGUUUUCCUAUGCUGUGUGCAUCGGCACGGAUGUUCGGUCUUAACUUUAGACAAUAAUGAUGACUCUGUGCAGACCGAUUUAAAUUGGGGGAGCAGGUUCGUUUUUGUUUUCUUUGAAGACAGGGUUUCACUUGGUAGCUCCUGGGCCUCAAAUCCUCCGUGUUCCUCCUGCCUCAGCUUCCCAAGUGCUGGACUUACAGGGGCGAGCACCAUGCACUUGAAAGUUCUCCGUUCAAGUAUUUUAGCUGUUUGGAAAGAAAAAAAAUCACCUGUACUUUUUCCCUGCAGAUUAGGGAGAGGAAUCAUUCUUUUGUGGGUGGUUGAGCUUUUUUCUUUGUUUGUUUUUGUUGUUUUGAGACAAGGUUUCACACUGUAGCUCAGGCUAGCCUGUGACUCAUUAUGUAGCCCAAGUUGGCCUUGAGCCCAAGACCAUUCUCUUUCCUUAGCCUCCUGAGUGUUCGGAUUGCAGGCAUGGGCGUGCAGUUCAUGCUUCCCUUUUUAGUGAACAUUUCCACCUUUGCUUGCAGUUGGUGUUCAGAUAGAAUUGCUUC